GUAAAUUAUCGCGAUAAUUGGAAAUCUGUUUUUAAUUGAGAAUUUCGAGGUUUUUAUCUUCAUGAAACGUUAACGAAUUUUAAAAAUGUUUAAUAAUGUGACUUAUAGCUAGAAGUUUAUGUUCGUAGUAAGUGGCCAAGAAAGACAGUUUUUUCAUGGUGCAAGUUCAUGUUUUAAAAUGUUAUUUUUAUCUGGAAGAGUAAGCAUGGUGGCUGUGAUAGCCAUAGUUUUGUAUUUUGCCCUUGCUGCAAGCGGCAAGGAUCCAAAUAUAGAAGAAGAAGAAGCAGCUGGUUAUAAUUUUAUAAGAGCAACUAAUAAAAAAAGUGAGGAAAAUCUGAAUAAAGCAACGAUAGCCGACUGGAAUUAUGCUUCUAACAUUACGGAUAUUAAUCUUGAAAUUAGUUUGAACGUGUCUGCGGAAGUCGCCCAACAAGAUAAAGAAACCUGGGAGCAAGUGAAGCAGUUCGAUUGGAAACGCUUCUCGUGUGCCAACCUGAAAAGACAAUUUAAGUUCUACUCAGUUAUUGGAAACGCAGCCUUACCAGAAGCAGAAUUCAAGGCUUUGAAGAAACAUAUUAGUGACAUGGAAUCUGUGUACGCCAAAGCAAAAAUUUGUGACUAUAAUAACAAAACCAACUGUGAUCUAGCUUUAGAACCUGAAUUGACAGCUAUUUUGGCAAAUUCAAGAGAUGAAAAGGAACUAAAACACGUGUGGGUAGAAUGGAGAAAGGCCCUUAGCAAGUGCAAAGCAGAUUAUAUUCCCUACGUCACCCUAUCUAACCAGGCAGCUAAAUUAAACAAUUUUAGUGAUAAUUCAGAACUAUGGCUCUUAAACUACGAGGACGAUACUUUUAAAGACCAAGUGCAGACUUUAUGGGAGCAAGUGAAGCCCUUAUACCUAGAACUUCACGCAUAUGUGAGAUUCAAGCUAAGAGAAAAGUAUGGAGAUGUUGUACCAGAGAAGGGACCAAUUCCUGCUCAUUUGCUAGGAAAUAUGUGGGCGCAAACAUGGAACAAUAUUGCAAGUUUUACCUUGCCAUAUCCAGAUGUUGUGGAUUAUGAUAUCACUGCAGAAAUGUUAAAACAGAACUUCACAGCAACGAAGAUAUUUGAAGUGGCCGAAAGCUUUUUCAAGUCCAUCAAUUUGACAGCUAUGCCCGAUCUUUUCUGGCAGAGAUCGAUCUUGGAGAAGCCAAAGGACAGAGAAAUCGUUUGUCAUGCUUCAGCUUGGGACUUUUACGAUGGAAAGGACUUCAGGAUCAAAAUGUGUACUGACGUUAAUUAUGAAGAUAUGAACACCGCUCAUCAUGAAAUGGGACACAUAGAGUACUUCUUACAGUACCGCAAUCAACCCACUCCAUACCGGAAUGGAGCCAAUGAUGGAUUCCACGAAGCUGUUGGAGAUCUAAUUUCUUUAUCCUUCAGUUCUACCAAACAUUUGCGGAAGAUUGGACUAAUAACCUCCAAAACUGAUAAUAAUGAACAGCUCCUCAACAACUUGUACAAGAUUGGUUUAGAAAAAAUCGCAUUUUUGCCAUUCGGAUACUUGAUCGACUUGUGGCGAUGGGAUAUCUUUGCAGGAAAAACCACCCCUGAAAACUACAAUUGCAAGUGGUGGGAACUAAGAGAAAAGUAUCAAGGUCUUGAACCACCAGUAGAUCGAUCUGAAGAAGAUUUUGAUCCAGCUGCGAAGUACCACGUAGUUGCAGAUGUUCCGUAUCUCAGGUAUUUCAUAAGCUUCGUCAUUCAGUUCCAGUUCCAUAAAGCUGUGUGCGAAAAAGCAGGAGAAUAUGAGCCCAAUAAUCCUAAAAAACCCUUACAUGAAUGUGAUAUUUAUCAGAAUACUGAUGCUGGUAAUGCUCUUAAGAAAAUGCUCCAAAUGGGUGCUGCUAAACCGUGGCCUGAUGCAAUGGAAGCUUUGACAGGUCAAAGAACCAUGGAUGCUAGUGGACUUUUGGAAUAUUUUAAACCUCUUCACACAUGGUUAAAGCAAGAGAAUACUAAGAAUGGAGUUCAAGUUGGUUGGGAAAAGAGCAAAAGAGUAUGUGUAAGGACCAGACAGGAGUUAGAAUCGAAAGAUAAGGCUAAGGAAUCCACAGAAUAAUUAGGGAAAUUUCAGGAAGGGUUAAAUAAAUAUGUAUUAUAUGAUAUUAAAUGAAUAUUUUUAUUUAA